AUGGCAGAACUUUGCCUCUUCGGUCUCGAUGAUAUGACCGGGACCCAGGAGGUGGCGGAGAUAUUAGCCGCGGCUGGAGGAUGCGCCCUUACAGAGGUACAAGUAGGUACCGUGAGGAGACCGAGAAGCGGACUCGGAUCCGUCUGGGUCAGAUGCCCCGCGGCCUCUGGGCGCAAACUAGUGGAAACGGGCAAGAUUCGCAUCUGUUGGGUCAUGGCCGGGGUUGAGGCCCUAAGUGCUAGGCCCAUGAUGUGCUUCAGAUGCUUGAAAACCGACCACACUAUUGGCGGCUGCGUUUCGCCGAUCGAUAGAAGUGGCCGGUGCUAUCGAUGCGAUGGCGAGAGCCACGUCGCUGGUCAGUGCCAGGAGGAGAAAAUCAGAUGCCCGCUGUGUACGGACUUAGGCCUACCGGCGGGUCACAGAUUGGGGGGUCCAUCGUGCACCCCCCCGCCCAAACGAAAAGUAAGGGGCAGCAGCGGGGUUAAACCCGCCAAGUCUCCAAAAAAUGGGCCUGGACCCAUAGCAGUGGAAAACCCAAGCGGGGGCGCUCCCCUCUCCCAGCAAGGAGAAACACAGAGUCGGGUCGGAUCCCCAGCCGGGGUCUAA